GCCUAAGAAUUAGCUCAGUCUGCAGCAAAACCAAGCAACAAGGACGUUUUGGUAUUCUUCUUGGCUCCAGCAGGUGGAACUAGGUGGCUGCUUGGAAUAAGUCUAAUGUAUUUCAUCAUUUAAUAAGGGGUGGAAAGGGAAGCUGUCAGAAGGCUUCAGGAGAGCUAGCAUUCAAUUAAUGACAUGUCAGCAUUCCUCGGGUUCUCUCAGCAUAAUACAGUUUACAUAAACCUCAAGUACAUAAAGAUACAUAAACAUGUAGCUUAGUAUCCUACAAGUUUGUUUAACAUGCAGAAAUAAGUUUUGUCUACAAACAUCGUAACUUGAAUGUAACAAAACUGCUAUGGUGAUGCUAACAUUGAGCUUUCCUUCACAGAUGUAGUUCUAGAGGUGCUAGUCCUAGAUGGACAUUUGUUGUCUUGUGUGCUUACCUUGGGUCAUGUUUCCAGGACCUACUGUUUUCUGGAUUUGGGUUGUUUGGUAUUUUUAACUAUUUCUCUGGCUUUUAAGGUAAAUAGAGUGUAAUCAAAAAGAACACACAUUAAUGGAGUGCCUCUGUGGGGCAACAGUGAAGGGGCUCUGUGAAAAAGUUACCACUGGAGUUACUACUGACAGAAGUACUGUCUUGGCAAGUGUGAUUGCUGCUUGUAGAAGGCUUUUUUCUCAGCCUCCCAAAGGAUUUGAAAAAUAUUUUCCUGGUGGGAAGAAGUCUAAUGGAGUUAAAGGUACAGCUGGAGAAACAAAAGAAGCAAAGCAGGCCAGUGCCCGACAGCCCAGUGGGACUAGUAGUGGAGGAGGUGGCAGUGGUGGAAAAAAAGGUGGCAAGAAAGAAGAAACUAACUGGUGGACCAGAUUACAGAAGGGUGACAUUCCAUGGGAUGUCAGGGAGUUUCGGAUGUACGUAGUGGGAAGUUCUUUUUUCUGGACAAUGGUGGUAUAUUACUUCUUCUUCAGGGUCCCUGGAAGAGAAAUCACAUGGAAAGACUUUGUCAAUAACUACCUUUCUAAAGGAGUGGUGGACAGACUUGAAGUUGUGAACAAGCGCUUCGUUAGAGUGAUCUUUGUUUCAGGAAAGUCUCCUCAUGAAUGGCAGUACGUCUGGUUUAAUAUUGGUAGUGUGGACACUUUUGAACGGAAUCUUGAAGCCGUGCAGCAAGAUCUGGGAAUAGAAGUGGAGAACAGAUUGCCUGUAGUCUAUUCAACAGAGAGUGAUGGGUCAUUUCUCCUGAGCUUGCUGCCUACAAUCCUGAUUAUUGGUUCUUUACUGUACACGUUAAGAAGAGGUCCUGCAGGCUUAGGUCGAACAGGGCGUGGAAUGGGUGGACUUUUCAGUGUGGGUGAAACCACGGCGAAGGUCCUUAAGGAUGAAAUAGAUGUUAAAUUCAAAGAUGUAGCUGGCUGUGAAGAGGCCAAAUUAGAGAUCAUGGAGUUUGUUAACUUUCUAAAAAAUCCCAAACAAUAUGAGGAUCUGGGAGCAAAAAUUCCAAAGGGGGCAAUUCUGACAGGUCCUCCAGGUACUGGGAAAACACUGCUAGCUAAAGCUACAGCCGGAGAAGCUAAUGUACCAUUUAUCACAGUCAAUGGCUCGGAGUUCUUAGAGAUGUUUGUUGGUGUGGGUCCAGCUCGAGUUAGAGACUUAUUUGCUCUUGCUCGUAAAAACGCCCCCUGCAUUCUCUUCAUUGAUGAAAUAGAUGCAGUAGGAAGGAAAAGAGGAAGGGGCAACUUUGGAGGACAAAGUGAACAAGAGAACACGCUUAAUCAGCUUCUAGUAGAAAUGGAUGGAUUUAAUACAACCACAAAUGUAGUAAUUUUGGCAGGUACUAACAGGCCAGAUAUUUUAGACCCUGCUCUGAUGAGACCAGGACGCUUUGACAGGCAGAUUUACAUUGGACCCCCAGAUAUAAAAGGAAGAGCAUCUAUUUUCAAAGUUCACCUUAGACCUCUGAAGUUAGACACAGUCUUAAAUAAAGAUAAUCUAGCAAGAAAGCUUGCAUCGCUAACACCUGGUUUUUCUGGUGCUGAUAUUGCUAAUGUUUGUAAUGAAGCUGCUUUAAUUGCUGCAAGGCACCUCUCAGACGCCAUAAACCAAAAGCACUUUGAGCAGGCAAUUGAAAGAGUUAUUGGCGGUUUGGAAAAGAAAACUCAAGUACUACAACCAGAGGAGAAAAAGACAGUAGCAUAUCAUGAGGCGGGGCAUGCAGUUGCAGGGUGGUUUCUGGAACAUGCUGAUCCACUCUUGAAGGUAUCUAUAAUCCCACGUGGUAAAGGCCUGGGUUAUGCCCAGUAUUUACCCAAGGAACAGUAUCUUUAUACCAAAGAGCAGCUACUUGACAGAAUGUGCAUGACUCUUGGGGGCCGGGUGUCUGAGCAAAUCUUCUUUGGAAGAAUUACAACUGGUGCCCAAGAUGACUUGAAGAAGGUGACCCAGAGUGCGUAUGCUCAGAUUGUUCAGUUUGGCAUGAAUGAAAAAGUGGGGCAGAUUUCUUUUGACCUCCCUCGCCAAGGAGACAUGGUAUUAGAGAAACCUUACAGUGAGGCAACUGCCAGAUUGAUAGACGAAGAAGUGCGGUCACUAAUUAACAUUGCGUAUGAGAGAACACUAACUCUUCUGACUGAGAAGAAAGCCGAAGUGGAGAAGGUUGCCCUACGACUACUGGAGAAAGAAGUACUUGAUAAAAGCGAUAUGUUAGACUUGCUUGGGCCAAGACCGUUUGCAGAAAAGUCUACUUAUGAAGAAUUUGUUGAAGGCACAGGAAGUCUGGAUGAGGAUACCUCACUACCAGAAGGCCUUAAAGACUGGAACAAAGAGCGUGAGAAAGAGAAAGAGGAGACAGCAGAUGAACAGGUUGCUAGGCAGAUCAAAGGAGGGAUGCCGUUUUAACUGCAAAGUGUGUGGUGAUGUUGACUUACACUCUGGAACAGAAACAGACUCACCUAGUCUGUACUUAAAAAAAAAAAAAAAAAGAAAGUAUUUAUUCAACCAAACUGUAUUAGGGAUGGGUGGAAGAGUGAUCUCUUGCGAUGGGAUAAGGAUAUUCUGCUCCGAAUUUCCAUAUGUGAUACCAUCAGUUCACUGGUAAAAGAUGAUCAUCUAUCAUGUGUCAGCUGAAGAACCAUACGUUGGAUUUGAGCUGCAGUUGAAUGCCAGAACUGAGCCUCUCCAACUUUGAAACAAUUCAGAUUCAUGCACAAACUCUGUGGCACUGGUCUCUUCUGUUUUAAAAUGUAUGAAGCUUACAAAAAUUAAUGUUUUCUUUGAUUAUUUAUCUAAAGUAUACUUGUAUGUGACCUGUUUCCAAAACAAAGAAUCAUACAAAAUGCAUUGUUGAAUACUUAGCCAAAAGUCUGGUCUUACGAAGUACAAGCUUUGCAAAACUAUCAGCUCUUUUAUCUGACCAUUUUCCCCUCCCACAUUUCACUUUGAUUUUAGAAAGAGUUUGUCUACAGAGAACUGCCAUGUAAGUUGACAAAGAAACUGGAAGCCCACUUAAAUACCUUCAAAUGUACUCAUGGUUCAGUGUCUUUAAGUGAAGUCUGAAGCUCAGUUGGCUCCUGCAGUUUUAUUAGUUUUUUACAGAGUUCUGUAAGAUAUUGAAUAUAUGAAUGUGUUGUGUAAAUACAGUUUGACUCAAUAAAAUCAGUACUUUUCUGAACAAA